AUGCAGUAUCAACGCACGGCCAAGCGCUGGCCCCAGACGCAUCGGCAGGCUUUCUGGCUCGCACACCUGAGAAGGAAGCGGGCGAGCUGGCCUUUGAGCAACUAUCUUUGGAAGCAGAGCACGGAGCAGCAUCAAGAUGAUAGCCAUGGAGAUGACAGGGAAGGGGAUGGCCGCGGCUCGAGUCGUGAGCGUCGAGAGUGGGCCGAUGGCCUCGAGCCCAACCAGAUCGGCUCCCUCUUUCAUGACCCGUACCUCCCGCGCUCAGCGAAGCUGCAGAGAGGCGAUGCAAUGAACGGAGUAGAUGUGACUUUGGCGAGGUGGAACCGAGGAAUCAGCUUGCGGCUGCCCCCUCCGCCCAACAAUACCGAUGCCGGCGAGCAUGACGGGGACGAGGACGCAGACCUUACGUUGCUGGAGCGUCGCCGCUCCACCCUUCUCCCCGUCCACGCUCCCGUUUCUGGCCAGGUAGUCCACGUCUCCCGGUACAUACGUCGAAAUGCCCCCCUCUCCUCUCACCUCAACGACGAGCACGGGUGGUCCAUCUCGAUUCGUGACGUUUGGGGAUUCGUCUGGCACCUCACAGGCAUAAGCCCAUACCACCAACACGUUUACGAGGGACAAAACAUUCCGCGAGGCUAUGUGGUUGGACACGCCAGCACAAGGCUGCUGAGGAGCAAAGUCCCACUAGACCAAGACGAGCCCGUUGAUCCCCCAGAGAAACCGCCUGGAGGAGAUGGCAAUCCAAAGUAUCCCUUCUGGAGGAGGGAAUUUGCGGUGGGCGUUGCGAGACCAGGCGCGGAAAUGGGAGAAUGGGCGGGCCCGUACGACGAAGGAGCGCAAUGGGUGUGGAGUGACCCGUUGCAUCACUUGAGUAUGGGUCAGGAGAAGGUCGAGCAGGAGCGAGAAGAAGGAGGAGAAGUACGAGCGUUUCGAGCCCCUUUGCCGCCACCCUUCGCUUCACCGCCUACAGUCUACUUCGUUCGGCCCAAUCCCUACCCACCAGCGCCUCCUCCUAGCGUUCUCGCCUCUCUUCCGCUCUACGAAGCAGGCAGCGAUGAGGACGGGGGCGAUGAUGGUCGGCGCGUGACGCAGCUGGAUGGGGUUGUGCAGGGCGUGGCUUCGUUCACCACCUUUGCGCCUGCGACCCACACCAUGGGAUUGGAGGCCGUUACGCUUUACAGGCUGGAGUGGGCGCUACUACCAUGGGGUCAUGAGGGCGCCGUUGUGCCAGAGCACGCUUGGCGCCUCGCCAUCAACAGCGGUGGCACCGACCAGGCCGCUGAGCAGCCUUCCAACAACCCCUCCUCUCUCUGGUCUCGCUAUAUGGCGGCCAUGACUUCAUCUGGGCCAUUUCCCUGGUCCAACCGCAAACGACUCGGCAGUCAGUGGGACAGUAAAGCACGCUACGCUCUGUACACCUUUGGUGGCGCAGGAGGAUGGAAGACGUGGCUCGACGCGGGCGCGGGUACAAGGGCGGCUGACUACAAGAUGAUGCUGAGGGCGACGGACUCCUGGGGAGGGUCGUCUGUUUGGAGAGUGGGGGGAAGGGUGAGGGUGGAGAGAUGA